UCAUUCUCGCUGAAUAGGUGUUUUCGGAGGGAAACGGAGCCGGAGACGGAGCCGUAGUCGUAGUGGGAGCUUAUCAACUGCGGUCGACGGUUGACGGUCUCGGCCAAGAUUAAUGACGUCGACAGUUACAGAGUAUACCUCCGUUCCUAAUGAUAUUGGUACCGAUCAGCUGACUGAUUGGCCAUCUAUAUUGGGGCUACGAGUUUGGGGCCCGGCAAUAGCUCCGAAUAUUUGACGAAAAAUUUGCAUUCCAUUCGGCCGGCAGCUCGUACUAAUUGUGAUUUGGAACGCUUAUCGCAAUUUUGCGUUUUAUGGCCCCAAAUAAAAGUCUGUUAGACAGAUGCAAAGAGCUUGCCAGAAGUAGAGCUUAAAUCCGACAAUGGAGCUAAGGAGGCCUAUCUGAAAUCCCACGGAGAACUGAUGAAGUCGUUUAUGAACUUCUCUGUACCACCUUGUGAUGAUUUUUACGAGUACGCCUGUGGAAACUGGCCAAAUGUGAAACCAAAUCGGUAUUACGCAGGAAAAAUGGGCAGCCUUUCCGCUCUUAUCUACGCCUUGAACAAUGCUACGGAACAGUUGCUGGGCUUAAAUCAACUGGCAGCGACUCUAAAUGUUUCAACGGAACUUCACGUGGCACAAAAACUCCAUAUUGCCUGUCUGGCGGCCGAGCUGUAUCCAUUUCCGGCAGCCGAUCCCGCAUAUCUGGAUCUCAUCCGCUCGAUUGGAGGAUUUCCCGCCGUCGAUGGAGAAAAGUGGAAUGCCUCGACCUUCAGUUGGUUCAAUAUGAGCGCUCACUUGACCAACUACGGAGCUAGUGGACUCAUCAACGAUGAACUCAGUCUAAAAUAUCCCUUUGAGCCAGAGUUUAAACUGCCGAAGUUGGGCUUCGAUUUUACGGUCUACACGGAGAAUUUAGAGAGUAAUACCUCAAGGUCUAAACAGCUCAACGAGGAUCGAAUGCGUGGCUAUCUGCGAGCCUACCAGCUUUCAGAAGAAAAUAUAACUAAGACAAUUUCCGGGGUAUUUGCCUUCUGGACGGAUGUUCUGACAGUGGUCGAUGAGUUCCACAAGGAUGAACUUAAUUGCGAUAUGAUGAGCCACAUCCUAGGUAUACCUCCGUUUACCCAGUGGAAUAGCUACUACGACAUCGCCUGGAAAGGUGCAAAUGUGACCCAGAAACACUUUUGCCAUUUAUACUACGUGAAGCUGGAUGAGAUCUGUGUCAAGCAUGCGGAAGCCGUGGCCAACUACCUGGCCAUGAAGCUCCUCUAUACCUUGGAUGCAAAACUGAAGGACCCCAAACAUCAACGCGAUUACUGUGCAUUGAAAACAUCAAGUAGUAUGGGGUACUUAUUGGACAAAAUGUAUAUGAAAGAGUUCUUUAGCGAAGAGAAACGCUCCAAAGUAUCGAAAAUUGUGCAGGAGAUUCGAAAAAGUCUGCGCCUGACUUUGGAAGAAGCCGAAUGGCUAGACACCGAGACUCGAAAGGAGGCUCUACUCAAAGAGUCAGCCAUUCAGGCCAAUAUUGGCUAUGUCAAGGACGAGGCCCUAACGGAUAGGAUAAUGCGGCAGAUCGGGAGCUUGGAAAUUGACGAGAGUAGUUACGCAGUUACUAACAUCAAUGUACAACGCCUCCAUGCCAGUAACGAACGGUUCAGUAGUCGCCACUUUAAAGAGCUAAGCAAUGACACCAAGCCUCAAAUUCUCCUGGUUGGGAUGAAGCCAAUUGCUGCCUACACAAUCCUGGACAACUCUAUCAAUAUGUUGGCCGGAAUGUUGGACUCUCCGGUAUAUCAUCCUUUUUGGCCAGACGCUUUGAAGUAUGGAACACUCGGCUUUGUUUUGGGCCAUGAACUUACCCAUGGAUUCGAUACAUUUGGAUCCUUAUUCGAUGGAAACGGGAAACAGCGAUCCUGGUGGUCUGCGCUGUCUCAAGAAAAGUUUGAGAAAAAAGCGGAGUGCUUUGUGGAUCAGUAUAGUAAAUAUGAAAUUCCUUUGGUGAACCAAAGAAUUGAUGGUAAGAAAACCAUGGACGAAAAUAUUGCCGAUAAUGGGGGAAUCCGUGAGGCAUAUUCCGCUUACAUUCGACACAGGACACAGAAGAUGGAUGAUCACGAUCAGGAUAAGGAUGAAACGUUACCGGGCCUUGACCUUUCCCCGGAGCAACUUUUCUUCCUUGGACUUGCUCAGUUCUUUUGCACUGAUUUCCAAGAAGAAUUAUACUGGAACACCCUAACUGAUAUCCACACAACCGAUAAGUUUCGGGUCCUGGGCGCCAUUGCCAACAACAACGAUUUUGCCAAAGCCUACAAUUGUCCACCUCGACAAAACUCAAAAGUUUGUAGUCUUUGGUAAUAAUAAUAGGGGAAAUAA